CCGGAUGGGACCGGUUGCCAUCUUUCUUCUAUCCCUACACAGCGCUGCCGGUGGGGCGGAACACUCCUCAUCGAUCAGUUGGUUUCUAGGAACCGCCGACAGACCUGGCACACCACCGUGACUUCUCGUUAGAGAUCUGACACUUUUAUUUGCCAACUUGCCAGCUUAUCCCUUCAUCUUUUUCAACAAUGGGAGAAAGAGAAGACCUAGUUUAUCAGGCAAAACUUGCCGAACAGGCAGAAAGAUAUGACGAGAUGGUGGAAUCUAUGAAGAAGGUGGCAGGAAUGGAUGUGGAGCUCACAGUGGAGGAGAGGAACCUACUAUCGGUGGCCUACAAGAACGUGAUUGGGGCUCGGAGAGCGUCCUGGAGGAUAAUCAGCAGUAUCGAACAGAGGGAAGAGAACAAGGGCGGCGAAGAGAAGCUGAAGAUGAUCCGGGAAUACAGGCAAACGGUGGAGAAGGAGCUGAAGUCGAUCUGUGGUGACAUCCUGGAUGCGCUGGACAGACACCUACUCCCUUCUGCAGCAAUGGGAGAGUCUAAGGUCUUCUACAACAAAAUGAAGGGGGACUACCACAGGUACCUGGCAGAGUUCGCCACUGGCAACAACAGAAAGGAGGCGGCAGAGAACAGCCUGGUGGCGUACAAAACUGCUACGGACCUCGCCAUGCUGGAGCUGCCGCCCACGCACCCAAUCCGCCUUGGCCUCGCUCUCAACUUCUCCGUCUUCUACUACGAGAUCCUCAACUCACCCGACCGCGCCUGCAGGUUGGCGAAGGCUGCUUUCGAUGACGCCAUCGCAGAACUGGACACGCUGAGUGAAGAAAGCUACAAGGACUCCACACUUAUCAUGCAGUUGUUACGCGACAACCUGACACUAUGGACUUCAGAUAUGCAGGGAGAGGAGCCCUAAAGGAAUCAAAGCUGUUCAUUUCUCGUGUUAACUGUACUUUGUGAAGAACAGAACAAAGAGACACUGCAAGACGUUGAGGACGAGCCCCAGUGAGACUAUGCCACCAACAGCCAACAACUUGAUUCCCCUCUGCCCUUCACCUCCUCACACUCCUCACUCCCUCUGCCUUUGUCUUCCUUAUCCUCCUCCUCCUUGCCUCCUUCCUUUUCCGCCGCCUCCCCCUCCUUUUUCUUUUUCCUCACCUCCCUGACCCAGCAGGGCCACGGAGUUAAUGAGUUUAUUUUUCUCUUAUUUUUGUAUUAGCCCUGACACCAUUUGAUUAAAUACCACUUAAUUAAAGGAAGUCCAACGCUAGAAAGAGAAAGAAAGA